UGUUACAUAAUAAAGUGUGUUUCCGGUUGGUGUCACUGACCCUCUAACAGAGGUUCCUGUCUUACAUGAUCUUGUUUUGGUUUGUCGGUGUUCAGCUAACACUGUGUGUCCGCUCUCUGAGGCGACCGAGACGCUAAACUGUAAAUAAGAUGAGACUGCCAGGGGGAACCCUCACACUGUGCACAUCACCUAUAAGGAGGACGGCAUCAGUCCCAGCCAGUACAUCUGGCAGUACGUCAGUAAACUUUGUCCCCACCUGCAGCACAACUGAUGCACGCUCACUGGAGCUGCUGCAAGACUUUGUGUUCAAAGCCAGACACCUGCUGGUCAUCACUGGAGCAGGACUCUCCACAGAGUCGGGGAUCCCUGAUUACCGCUCAGAGGGCGUGGGGCUGUACGCCCGCACCGACAGGAGACCCAUGCAGCACGCAGAGUUUGUGCGCAGUGCGAAGUCUCGCCAGCGUUACUGGGCUAGAAACUUUGUUGCAUGGCCACAGUUCUCCUCCCACCAGCCGAACUCUGCACACAAAGCUCUGCAACAGUGGGAGGAGAGAGGGAAGCUACAUUGGCUGGUCACACAAAAUGUAGAUGCACUUCACUCAAAGGCAGGACAGAGCAGACUGACUGAGCUCCAUGGCUGUUCAAACAGGGUGCUCUGUCUAGACUGUGGUGUCAUCUCAGCAAGGAAGCAGCUCCAGAGGAGGUUUGAAGCAUUCAACCCCCACUGGAGAGCUCAGGCAGGGGCUGUGGCGCCAGAUGGUGAUGUCUUCCUGGAGGAUGAGCAGGUCCUGCACUUCAGAGUUCCUCCGUGCGAGGCCUGUGGAGGAAUACUGAAGCCCGACGUGACAUUUUUUGGAGACACUGUGAAGAGAGCAACGGUACAGUUUGUGCAUGACAGGCUGGCAGAGUCGGAUGCAGUGCUAGUUGUAGGGUCCUCAUUACAGGUCUAUUCAGGAUACAGAUUUUUACUGGCAGCGAGCGACAGGAAAAUCCCAGUUGCCAUUUUAAACAUUGGACCCACAAGAGCGGACCACCUGGCCACGGUGAAAGUGAGCGGCCGCUGUGGUGAAGUGCUGUCGGCCAUUCAGCCCUUCUGACAGCGGUUCAGUCGAGAAGGCAGAGAAAUAAACUACCUCAGAUUCACCAGUGACAGGGAGACAAUUUAAGCUGGUUGGCAAUUUCAGUUAACGGAAGCAUCUGGACCGCUCUGCUAGAAAAGUCAAGUGAAGAAGUGAAGUUCUUUCAUACGCCUCAAAUAAAACCAGCUAAACACUG